AUGGUCGAGUGUCAAUUGACUUGCGAUGAAUACGCUUUGCUGUGGCCCAAACCCAAAUCCGCUCAAUUGGGCAAGACUGUCUCAACCGUGAGUGUUUCGAGGAUUGACCUGGUUAAUGAUGAUUCCGGCGACGUACAGGUGAUUAAAAUGCUCCAUCGGAUUAUAAAUGAUCAAAUUGCUUGGAUGAAACUCAAAAGCAAUGAACAAUCGCCCAAUUCAUCUGAACACGAGUUGCGAAUCACUUAUUUGGGAGGCGACGGCAAUUCAACUGAGCCGAAAAUUUGCCGAGAAUCCCAGGAGGGAUACACAUUGUCCACUGCCAAGGCAGGCUCUGUGAUCACGAUUGAGGAUCUGCCCAAAUUCUCUCACCGAGGAAUCAGCUUGGACACCUCUCGGAACUUCAUCCCAGCGAAAACUUUCAAACAUGACCCAAUACGGUGCACAUUAAACACCCGUAGCAUCAAUACUCAAGAUCAGAUCAAGGACAUUCUUGAGUAUGCCAAUUAUCGAGGGGUUCAAGUAAUCCCUGAGCAGAACCAACCGGCUCACGUGGGCCAUGGAUGGAACUUUCCCGGGGCUGAAAACUACACGGUGUGCUUGAAUGCCGAACCUUGGUACGAUUAUUGCGUUGAGCCCCCUUGUGGUCAACUCAAUCCGGGAGAGGCUGAAAUCUACAAUGUCUUGGAAAAGCUGUACACUGAGUUCUAUGACAUGUUAUGUUCCAAUUCACCUCGUUCCACAUGGGAGCAGAUGAAGUCAAUUUCGCGUUCUGGAACUCGAGCCAAUUGGUACUUGACUACAUGGCUAAAAUUGGAUGUGAUAAGAAGGAAGAAGCUCUGGUGUGAGUUCCAAGAGAAAUCCAGUGCCAAACUCAAGAGUGUUUACGAAACCAAAAAGGACGAAAACGAAACGUCAUUGAGAAUCAUUGUCUGGACUAGCCGCAUCACUCUCCCAGAGUACAAUGACAACUUGGACCCUGACACCUACACCAUUCAGAUUUGGACCAAAGGAUCUAACAACCUCUCCGAUCCAACCAUUUCGUCCUUAUUGGACAAAGGUUAUGACGUGAUCUUUUCUAAUUAUGAAAGCACCUAUUUGAAUUGUGGCUUUGGAGCUUGGGUGGGUGAAGGCAAAAAUUGGUGCUCUCCUUACAUGGGUUGGCAGGAGCUUUACGAAAAUGACAUCUACAAAUUAGUAGAACGGAGGGGCUUCCAAUUGACUGAUAAGAUCAAGAGCCAAAUCCUAGGUGGAGAAACCAAUAUGUGGUCCGAGCAGGUGGAUAAUACCUUGGUUGAGGGCAAUAUCUUUCCCAGAUCUAAUACAUUUGCUGAACGACUCUGGUCCAAUCCCUCGACAAAUUGGUAUGAAGCCGAAACCAGGAUACUCAACCAUCGACAUAGCCUGGUUCAGCGGGGAAUCCGAGCAGCUGCUCUUCAACCAGAAUGGUUUCGAUUGAAUGAAGGUCAAUGCUAUGGUAAUACGGAUACUCCAAACUUUGAGAUUGCUGCAUCCGAGACCACCACGGAUACUUUGGAAGCUUCAUCAACAUAGACUGUGAUUGCGGAAUGUGAUAAAGACUCUAAUGUAUUCAAUUAAAACUGUUGGAAAUACAAACUGCGUAUCAUGUUCGACCGAAAAUAAGGUAUACUUUUCCGGCAAAUAUUCAUUUUUAAGGGUUCAUGUAAUUCUAUUUUGUCUUGGAGAAAUAAAGCGGAUGAAGAUUGAUCUUUAUCAAAAGCCUUACCUCUUUUCCGCAGUAAAUUAAUUUGGGAUUGUUUUUUCACGGGCU